CAUUAAUUCUCCAGCCCUAUGCCACUCUUUCCGCCCUCGUUUGCGUGCUCAGCCACUGCCGUAUCUAUCCCUCGUUGAUUACACUGAUCUCUUGCCAGCGAAUCUUCUUCCCUCCAUCGUCUAUAAAAACCCUAGAAUUCCGCUCGUCAUAGAGGGUUAUUGCAGAACCAACGAUGUCUCUAAGGGUACUGAAUCCGAACGCCGAGGUGAUGAACAAGUCUGCAGCACUUCACAUGACCAUCAAUGCCGCUAAGGGUUUGCAGGACGUUCUCAAGACGAAUCUUGGACCUAAGGGAACAAUUAAGAUGCUCGUUGGAGGUGCCGGGGAUAUCAAGCUUACCAAGGAUGGCAACACCUUAUUGAAGGAAAUGCAAAUCCAAAACCCAACUGCUAUAAUGAUUGCACGAACUGCAGUUGCCCAAGACGAUGCUAGCGGGGAUGGUACUACAUCAACAGUACUUUUUAUUGGUGAACUCAUGAAGCAGUCUGAGCGCUACAUAGAUGAAGGGAUGCAUCCCCGAGUGCUAGUUGAUGGCUUUGAAAUCGCAAAAAGGGAAACACUCCAGUUUAUUGAAAGAUUUAAGACACCUGUAGUGAUUGGUGGUGAACCAGAUAGAGAGAUAUUGAGAAUGGUGGCCAGAACAACACUGAGGACCAAGUUAUAUGAAGCAAUGGCAGAUCAACUUACAGACAUUGUUACUAAUUCUGUUCUCUGCAUUCGCAAGCCUGAGGAACCUAUUGAUCUUUUCAUGGUUGAAAUAAUGCACAUGCGUCACAAGUUUGACAUAGACACUCGCUUGGUGGAGGGCCUUGUACUCGAUCAUGGUUCUAGACACCCAGAUAUGAAGAGGCGAGCAGAAAAUUGUUAUAUUUUGACCUGUAAUGUUUCUCUGGAAUAUGAAAAGAGUGAAAUAAAUGCAGGAUUUUUCUACUCAAAUGCAGUGCAAAGAGAAGAGAUGGUCGCAGCUGAAAGACGCUCUGUGGAUGCCAGAGUGCAAAAGAUCAUUGACCUAAAGAAAAAGGUCUGCUCUGGCAAUGAUAACAACUUCGUUGUCAUUAAUCAGAAAGGGAUUGACCCUCCAUCAUUGGACCUUCUUGCUCGGGAAGGAAUAAUUGCUCUUCGAAGGGCAAAGAGGAGAAAUAUGGAAAGAUUGGUCCUGGCAUGUGGGGGGGAUGCAGUUAAUUCUGUUGAUGACCUCACUCCAGAUUGCCUUGGCUGGGCAGGUUUGGUCUAUGAGCAUGUUCUUGGAGAAGAGAAGUACACAUUUGUUGAAAAUGUGAAAAAUCCCAACUCUUGCACCAUCCUUAUUAAAGGGCCUAACGAUCAUACCAUUGCUCAAAUCAAGGAUGCUGUGCGUGAUGGACUACGUGCAGUAAAAAAUACUAUCGAAGAUGAAGCUAUUGUAUUGGGUGCUGGGGCAUUUGAAGUGGCAGCCAGACAUUACCUGAUCAAUGAAGUGAAGAAAACUGUUCAAGGGCGUGCUCAACUUGGUGUUGAAGCUUUUGGCAAUGCCCUCCUUGUGAUUCCCAAGACACUUGCUGAGAACUCUGGCCUUGACACCCAAGAUGUGAUCAUUGCUCUAACGGGUGAGCAUGACAGGGGGAAUGUUGUGGGUGUUUGUCAGCAUACGGGAAAACCUUUAGAUCCAGAAAUGGAGGGGAUCUUUGAUAAUUACUCUGUCAAGCGUCAGAUUAUAAAUUCAGGCCCCGUAAUAGCAUCUCAGCUACUGCUUGUGGAUGAAGUGAUCCGAGCAGGACGUAACAUGAGGAAACCAAAUUAACUCUUUCUUGUAAACCAAUACUUACAUCACUGUUCAUCCUCUUUCAGUUCCUCAAAAGCAUUUUUGAAGGUUAGUUAUGGAUGGAUUUUGUGAGAUUAAAAACUCAAGUGCUGGUAGCAAUCAAUAUCCCCGUUAUGCUUUUUUUUGUAACAGAUAACCCCUUGUGGAUUGUUGUCUUUCAUUUGAUGGAUUAUUUGAUUGUUUUUAAAUUUUUAUUGUUUGGGUGACCUAUAGAGCGAUGAUGCACCCUGAAAAAGAAUUUUGUUCACAUUUAUGAUCGUUAGCACCGUAACAAACAAAAAUUUGAAAACUUU